CUCCAGUUUCAUUUGUGGCACCCAUCUCUUCUUCAUUUUCCAAAAACAUAUUUUGCUAGAAUUGAACAUGAACAAGAUGACUGGUCUUGCUCUUGGUGGAGUGGUGGCGGCUAUUUUAAUGGUUCUACAGUACGCAGAGGCACAGACAAGUUACGUUGUUGGAGAUGGCACGGGUUGGAGAGUUCCACAAGAUGCUUCCACAUACCAAAAUUGGGCUUCUGACAAGAAUUUCACAGUUGGAGAUACUCUAUCAUUCAUUUUCCAGACAGGGUUGCAUAACGUAAUUGAAGUGUCGGAAGAGUCAUACAAUUCGUGCAGUUCAGCGAAUCCUAUAGGUACAACCUACAACACGGGCCCUGCCAACGUUACACUGAACAGAGGUGGUGAACAUUACUACAUUUGUAGCUUUGGUAAUCACUGCAACAAUGGGCAGAGGUUAGCCAUCACUGUCUCUGGCUCUUCCACCGCCUUUCCACCAGCCACCACCACCGCUCCGCCACCACCUUCGUCUUCCGCGCCCUCUUCUUUCCAUACUACUGUCCUUCCCUUCCUCUUCCUCUCCGCAUUUGUCUUUAUAGCGUUUUAGAUUUAUGGACCUUAGAUUCAAUACCAUUUAUCCAUGUCACCUUAUAAUAAUUACAUACUUUAAUUUGUGAUUCAUAUAUGUAUCUUUCUUUUUUACCUUGAUAUGUUUGUGUGCACGAUCGAGCAUGUAGUAAUAUUCUUCGGGACCGGUUGGUUGAUCAAUAAAGAGAUUCUGUUUUCUAAAUUUAA